GGUUGCGAAUAAAAUCAAGUAAGUACAAUCAACGAUUGGUUCACAUAUAUUACAGAGAUCGGGAUAUUUUUCAAUGUGACACAGUAUGUACCAGUCCUUUUAUGGGCACUUCUCAAAAUUUAUUUAAUUACAGACAAUAGGAAAAUCAGCGUCAGUAAAAUGUCGACCGCAUCAAAAUUUAUUUCCGAGUCUGUGACGCAACUAUAUUGUUUAACAUGUUUAUUAUAUUAAACAAACCCGAUAUUAUAGUAGAUGAAAAAGUAUUACCUUGCAAUUUGAUAAUUAGUAUAAAUAAUCCAAUAAAACACUGCCAUUAUUUACGAUAUCCGUCGAGUGACCCGAAAUGACGCUGCCCUAUUUCGACGCCAUUUUUGUUUUGCCUCUGUUUGAUACAUAAGCGACAUCCGUUGACGUCAUACACUAUCAGACUUUACGCUACAACGAUUUUGCUAGAGCUGUUCAUAGUAAUGUGGAAAAUAGCUGGUUCAAAGGUCCCACAAAAGAAGUACAGGUGCUAUUCACCUACUUCCAUUAACACAGCCUAUGAAAAGGUGUUGCUGACAGGGGCCCAUAUUAGAACCACUGCCAGAGAGUAUGGCAUCCCAGAAGCCUCACUGCGACACAGGUUGAAUGGCAGAGUAAAUCCGGAGGCAACACAUUCUGGACCACCACCUACAUUAUCUCAGGAGGAAGAGGCACACUUGACAGACCAUCUAAAAUUAAUGGCAAGCUGUGGAUAUGGUUACAGUCGGGCAGAAGUUGUUGACAUGGCCAGUGAAUAUGCGAUAUUUCUUGGAAAACGGGACAAGGAGCAUCCGUUCACACUUAAGUGGUUCAGGCUGUUUAUGAAACGAUGGCCAGAGCUGAAAGUGUUGAAGCCUCGUGGGCUUGAGAUUCAACGUGCCAAAGCCACCAACAAGGAAUCCGUGUCAGUAUAUUAUACUGAACUGGGCAACAUCAUGGACAAGUAUGAUCUAAAGCAUAAGCCAGAACGGAUAUACAAUGUUGAUGAGAAAGGUUUGUCCACUUCCCAUAAACCCCCUUCAGUGGUUGCAAGCUGCGAAUCUCAGCCACAAGCAGUCACAUCUGGUUCAAGAACCCUCAUCACAGUCAUUGGUUGCGGAAAUGCCAUGGGUAACAGUGUUCCACCAUUCUUUGUAUUUCCAGGGUUACGGAUGAAGUCAGAAUUAUUAGAUGGUGGUGGUCAUGGAGUUGAUGGUACAGUCACUGAGUCCGGGUGGAGUAAUAGUGCUGUGUUCAAAAGGUACCUUGAGCAACACCUGCUAAAAUACUUACCUGAACGUUGUCUGGACAAUCCUGUUCUGAUUCUCUAUGAUGGCCAUAAAUCUCACAUUAAUUUGGGGUUGAUUGAUUGGGCCAAGUCACAGAACAUAAUCCUGUUUGUUCUGCCAGCACACACGAGCCAUGUUUUGCAGCCUCUAGAUGUUGGUUGUUUUGGGCCAUUCGAAAGGAUCUACAGCUCUGUGUGUCACAAGUUCAUGCGCGACAACUGUGGGCAAAGUAUAACACGUUUCAAUGUGUGUGCACUUGGAAGCAAGGCAUAUUCGCAAGCACUGUCACCAAAUAAUUUACAGGCAUCCUUUCGCAGAACUGGCAUCUACCCAUAUGAUCCAAAUGCUAUAGAUUCCUCAGUGUUCAAGCCAUCAGAAGCCCUUCAACAAGAAACCAGUUCUCUUCAAUCAAUCAUCCAACCCUCAGAAACGGAAGUCUCCCAAUUUUUCUGCAAUAAAGAAGCAAACAUCAUAUCCAAGAAACAAGCAACAAAAAAGAGGAAAUACCUAAGUUCAGUGGUCAGUGGAAAGCCAAUUACUGAGGAUGUAAUUAUUCAAAAAAUUCAGGAUCAUGAAGAGGGAAGAAAUAAAAAGACAAAGACCCAGAAGUUGACCGUACAACCUGGACCAUCUGGAACAGUUAAGGCAGUGUCACCUGUCCCUGCUUUACCGGCAGAUGAAUCAUCAGGGGAUGAGGAUGAAACAGAGGUGUGCUGUGUAUGCAGCCUAUUCACACCCAGUGCUGUACGGCAGAGUUCUUCACUGGUCUUUGUGAAAUGGGUGCAGUGUUCUGCGUGUGGACACUGGGUUCAUCUCAUUUAUUGUACUAAACUCCGGGUUGUAAGGAGAGGUGAUAUCUUCAUGUGUCCUCACUGUGUUGGUGAAGAGUAACUUGAACUUGUUGAAAACUUGUUAUAAUUGACAUGAAUAAAAUUCAAUAAAAUUAAAAACCUCAA